CGUCCCCUUCGAUUAAGCUCCUCGUGGACGACCCCAUCGUGGUGAACCCCGGGGAAGCCAUCACGCUGGUGUGCGUGACCACGGGAGGGGAGCCCGCGCCCAGCCUCACGUGGCUGAGGUCCCUCGGCGGCCUGCCCGACAAGACGGUGCUCAACGGCGGCACCCUCACCAUCCCCGCCAUCGCCUCGGACGACGCCGGCACCUACAGCUGCGUCGCCAACAACAACGUGGGCAACCCCGCCAAGAAGUCCACCAACAUCAUCGUGAGAGCCUUAAAAAAGGGUCGCUUUUGGAUCACUCCCGACCCGUAUCACAAAGACGACAACAUCCAGAUCGGGCGCGAGGUGAAGAUCUCCUGCCAGGUGGAGGCCGUCCCUUCGGAGGAGCUGACGUUCAGCUGGUUCAAGAACGGGCGGCCCUUGCGGAGCUCCGAGAGGAUGGUCAUCACGCAGACCGACCCCGACGUUUCCCCUGGCACCACGAACCUGGACAUCAUUGACUUGAAAUUCACUGACUUUGGCACGUACACGUGCGUCGCGUCUCUGAAAGGAGGUGGGAUAUCGGACAUCAGCAUCGAUGUCAACAUCUCCAGCAGCACAGUGCCACCCAAUCUGACUGUUCCUCAGGAGAAGUCGCCGCUGGUCGCCCGCGAGGGAGACACCAUCGAGCUGCAGUGCCAGGUGACGGGGAAGCCCAAGCCCAUCAUCCUGUGGUCGCGAGCCGACAAGGAGGUGGCGAUGCCGGACGGCGCGAUGCAGUCGGAGAGCUACGACGGGAUCCUGCGCAUCGUGAACGUGUCCCGCGACAUGACGGGGACCUACAGGUGCCAGACCAGCCAGUACAACGGCUUCAACGUGAAGCCCAGGGAGGCUUUGGUGCAGCUCAUAGUGCAGUACCCCCCGGACGUGGAGCCGAGCGGAGCCUCCUCGGCUUUGUCCAAGGGACUUCUGAGCCCAGGAUGCAAGGCCUACGCCCCCGAGUUCUACUACGACACGUACAACCCGCUGUGGCAGAACCGGCCCCGCGUCUACUCGUACAGCCUGCAGUGGACGCAGAUGAACCCGGCCGCCGUGGACCGCAUCCUGGCCUACCGCCUGGGCAUCCGGCAGGCUGGGCAGCAGCGGUGGUGGGAGCAGGAGAUCACCGUCAACGGGAACAUUCAGAGGGGAGAACUGAUCACCUACAACCUCACAGAGCUCAUCAAGCCUGAGGCCUACGAGGUGCGGCUGACUCCCAUCACCCGCUUCGGGGAGGGCGACUCCACCAUCCGCGUCAUCAAGUACAGCGCUCCCGUGAACCCACACCUACGAGAGUUCCACUGUGGAUUUGAGGAUGGCAACAUCUGCCUGUUCACUCAAGACGAUACGGACAAUUUUGACUGGACAAAACAAAGCACUGCCACUAGAGACACAAAAUACACCCCGAACACUGGGCCCAACGCAGACCGCACCGGCUCCAAGGAAGGUUUCUACAUGUACAUCGAAACGUCACGGCCCAGGCUGGAAGGAGAAAAGGCCAGACUUGUUAGUCCUGUUUUCAGUGUCGCUCCAAAAAAUCCCUAUGGAGCAACGAACACGGCCUAUUGCUUCAGCUUCUACUAUCACAUGUAUGGACAGCACAUAGGAAGCUUGAAUGUCUACCUGCGGUUAAAGGGUCAGACCGCAAUAGAAAAUCCAUUAUGGUCUUCAAGUGGAAAUAAGGGACAACACUGGAACCAAGCCCGGGUUAAUAUAAACCCCCCAACGUCGUUUCAGCUCAUAUUUGAAGGGAUCCGCGGCCCUGGCAUUGAGGGCGACAUCGCUAUCGAUGACGUGUCCAUCGUGGAAGGGGAGUGUAUGAAAUCAGACCAACCGGCCAACAAUCUACGAUCAGGUGCUGUUGGGACAUUAGCGCAUAUACGACUUAUCCCACUUCUCAUCCUCAUGUCUGUCUUAAGUCAGCAAAGGUGACCUUACCCUGGCAGAGGCUACAACAGAUUCACCAGGCACUGGCACGAAGAAAGAGUCUUUGUAAAGCGGACAUUUAAAAACAAACUACCAAAGAUUCCUCCACUGACUGACUCAAAGGUUAAAUAAAUACAUAAAUAAAUAAAAAAUAAAUAAAUAAUAAUAAAAAAGCACUGGGGACAUAAAAAGGCAUCACGGGAGUGUAACUCACUACGAACCACACGUGAGAGCGGUUUCUGGCCCAAGGGAGGAAGAGACCUGCAGGUGCUUUUGUGGUCAGCACCCAACACGGCAUCGUCUGGUCGAACUCUCGGAGAAGAGCUGUAGAAACCCUUGUCAAAGCACAAAGUCAUGGCUGGUUUUGUUUCAGAUGAAUAGUUUGCUUGUUACCAUGGAAACCUAAUGGCCUGCCAAAAACAA